AUGAAAUUUUCCUCCCUAACACUUGAAUCAAAGAUAGCAACACUCGAAGUAACGGGCAAAGUUAAAAGUGAAGUGUGCAAGAUGGGCUGGGCUCUUCAGAAAACGCGAGGCAGUGGAACAAGGUUCACGGAGAAAGUGAAAGGGUAUCUUUCAAGCAGGUUUCAAACCGGUGAAAGAACAGGCAGAAAAGCCGAUCCCGCGCAAGUUGCAGCAGAAAUGAGAAAGGCCAGAGAGGCAGAUGGUGCAAGAAAAUUCAUCAGAAGUGAAUGGCUAACGAAGAACCAGGUUCAAAGCUACUUUUCGAGGCUUUCUGCUACGAAACGAAGAAGAGCCGCAAAAGAUCAAGAGCAGGAUGCAAACGACGAAGACGAAGAAGAAAGCGCUUACCUAGAACACAGAUUAAGGACAAAGGAGGUAGCAGAUGUUACUUCCGAAAUCGGACUUACUCAUCCAAUAUUAUUUGAUGGACACAAUAUUUGCGAUCAUGUUAACCACGACACGUUAAGGAAGUUUAAAGUCACCACGCUGAGGGAAAUGUGUGCUUUUUUUGAAAUUGCUUUCAAAGCCAGAGAUUUAAAGGCCACCUUACUCAAGAAACUAAAUGACAUGGUGACAGAAUGCAUAUGUUUCCAGGAAAUUUAUGAAGGCUAUUCCUAA